AACACACAAAAGGUCACAAACAAUCCCCUCAUGUUGAUCCUGAAGAAAGCUAACCGCAGCGGCGGCGGCAUCCGUCACGUCAUCACAGGUGUAGAGAAAACCUCCCGUUUCACAUUUGGCACGCGCUACCGUCAAGAUUCCAAGCAUUUUUUGUCUCCGCACGAAAGAGACAACUAUAUUUCAACGCGGUUUUUUCUUUAGGCCAGAUAGAGAUGGACUUUUUUUUUCUUCGGACCGUGGCCACGGCUGUGAGACGAGAUGAGGCGGUAAUUAAUUUGAUCAGUCGGUGUACGGUGUGCCUAGUCGGUUAGAGGCGGGUCUUUACGAUGGUUUUUGUAUCGAUAUAUUUGCUUGGAAACAGAACGAACAGCCGUUCUGGACAAACCUUUUAGCCGCGUCAUAGCCGUAGCACUUGACUCGAAACCGUGAGAAAAUAAAAUCGAACAGGAAAUAUAUGUUUAAAAGUUUCUCUCGAAACACACAUUUAUUUUCCGCGACUCAAAAGAGCCGUUAAACAAUGUCAUUGCCCUACCGAUUGUUAUUGUCUUUGCACAACCCUAACCGGGUUAGUUAAUACCUUAAGCGGCCUACCUCACAAGGCGGUCAAGUGAAUAUCAUCCGAAUCCGUAGGAGACUGACGCCUCCCAUAACCGCAGAGUUUGGUCAAAUAAAACUACCGCUUGAAAGUCUCGAUAUCGCCGGCACCUGCCUCUAGCGGUGGGGGGAGGAGGGGGGGCGGCAGGUGCGCCGCCAGUCCGGUGCCUCCGUCCACGGCGACCCCACGCCGCUGCCGAGACCAAAACAACCCUUGCACGUGACACCAAACGGAAAACACUCGAAACGAGAACCCACCUGAAAAACUCAUUCCUCUAACAGUGUAGUGUGUGUACGCAACAGUUCACGAGGACCGAUCGUCUAAAGGGUAUCCUCGGCGUAGUUUCAAGAGGACUGGUUGUAGUGCAGUGCUUAUUACCGGGCCGUAAGGACUAUGUGCAGUGACAGGUGACGUGAACUUGUGGGUGACUGUAGCGAGAUGUUGCUGUGGAGUGUAAGGAACUCCGGACGGCGGAAACAAAUUGGAUGGUGUAAAAUGGCGUCAGACAUCACAUCACAUAUGACGCGGACGUCAUUUAUAUGGUUGCUUUUAGCUUUAUUAAAUCAGCCAGCAUACGCCGGCGAGCUCUGGCCGGUGGCGCGGCCCGACGGCAUGCCCGUCAUCCAGGCGCUGGAGGUCAUGUGCGGCAAGGACCACAUGGACGUGCACCUCACCUUCUCGCAUCCGUUCGAGGGGAUUGUGUCGUCUAAGGGGCAACACGGCGACCCUCGCUGCGUGUACGUGCCGCCGUCGACGGGACAGACCUACUUCUCAUUCAGGAUCGCGUACGCCAAAUGCGGCACCAAGCCAGACCUCCACGGGCAGUUCUACGAGAACACGGUGGUGGUCCAGUACGACAAGGACCUGCUCGAGGUGUGGGACGAAGCCAAGCGCCUGCGCUGCGAGUGGUUCAACGACUAUGAGAAGACUGCGUCGAAACCGCCCAUGGUCAUCGCCGAUUUGGAUGUAGUGCAGCUUGACUUUAGAGGAGACAACGUGGACUGCUGGAUGGAAAUCCAGGCGGGCAAGGGGCCGUGGGCGCCGCCCGUGUCCGGGAUCGUGCCACUUGGCUCCACGCUCACCCUAGUCGUCGCCAUCAACGACUACCGAGGUGAGUUCGACAUGCGCGUAAAGUCGUGCGCGGCGUCGGACGGCGCGGGGCACCUCAUCCAGCUGUCCGACGAGUACGGCUGCGUGCUGCGGCCCAAGAUGAUCUCCAGGUUCCUGAAGGCGAAGGCAGCGGACGAGCGUGCGACAGUUCUCACAUACGCGUUCUUCCACGCGUUCAAGUUCCCCGACGCACUCAGCGUUCACAUACGCUGCAAGGUGGAGAUCUGCCGGCACGGGUGCCUGGACCACUGCCAACUGGCGGGCGCGGCGCCGCAGGGGCUGCUCGACCGCAAGGAUGACCGCGCACACCGCGACCAUAACGAGAUCAACGACUCAUCCCUAGAAGACGACCUCCACGACCACAUGGCUUCAGAAUCCCAACACCUCCCGCUAGAGGAGGCGUUCGGAGACGAGGUGUCGGGCGACGCGGUCCCCGCCCCCGCGCCCCUGCCGCAGCGAGCGCCCCCUCGCGCGCCCCCUCAGUCAGCGCCCCCAGUACGCGCCCCCGCGCCUGUCAGCGAGUCCAGUGAUCACAUGUCGGCGGUGGAAGAGUUGGUGGAAGCACUGGCGAGGCCUUUUACUGAUCGCCCAUCGGACUUGGGAGAGCGCGAGCGCUUCCCGCACGGCCCGCGCAACCUCAACACCAACAGCAAGCCAGAGCCCUCAGGCGACCAGGUGGUCCCAGCCAAGCAGCCGGGCCCGGCGGUGGCAGGCCCGCGGUCGCUGAAGCGCCGCAGCGUCCGGGACGCGCGCUCGGCCGACGUGGGCGUGUCCGGGAUCUACGACGUCGUGUCUGAAGCGGACCUGCAGUUCGGGCCGACGAAGGAAUCCGUGACCGUGUUCAGCGGACGGAUUAGGGAGGAGGUAGUCUACGGCGUAUGCAUGGGCGCGGUAAGUUUCGGCGCGCUAUUCGCGUCAGCAGCCGGCGCGGCGGCCGGGGCUGCGCUAGCCGCGGCGGUCAUGCUACACCGCCUGCGCUCGCGCCUCGCCGCCCCCGCGCCGCCCCCCGCCCCCGCGGCCCAUUCCCUGGCCGCGUGGAUGGCGCUACGGCUCCUGGGGUCGCCUCCCCAUUCGAGGGAUGGCUGAUGUGGGAGUUGGGGAGUGUGUGUGUGGUUCUUAGCUGUCUUGAGGUGUUGAAUGCGUGGAUUUGAGGUUUGCUUUGGU